CGCUAACCGCAAAGUAAAACAGACGUCAUCCAUCAGCUUGUUUACAUAUCUCUACCUCGUUUCUCCAGCGCGCGUGUUUGAUGAGUGUGGCUGGAAAUGGUGCGCCAACCUUGGGUGCCGCAGAUGUUUCUAGGCAAAAUCACGCCGAACCUACGGUGAUGGACGGCCUAUCCAGCUCCAAAGUCACGGUCGAAUACCAUGACCCAUCUGGAGUGUUCCCAUUAAUCCAGGAAGACUUGGCUGCUCGACUCCCGCUUCGGAAUCUACACUGGAAAGCUCCCACGAGGCCAUUAAGAUCCAUUGACUCUCUCCAUGUUGACUUAGUACCCAGCAAAGAUUCUGCACAUAAUGCGGGAGUUACAUCAUCGGGAUUGGCACCUCCGCAGGGAAUACCGACUCGGACGACCGAGGAAAUGCUUAGGCCGCCCGCAAAAGAGAAAAAAGAGAGACGACAUCAGAUCCCUGGCCUACGGCAGACUCCGUAUCUAAAGGUUUACCUCCUGAGAUGUGAUGAUUCCGAUACGUACAAGGCUACCGCGCGAAAGCAGAUCCGAGAAUGGGUGAAGGAGCACACACCGCCUUCUCAAAGUAGCUCAUCGAGUACGCAAGAAGAUCACGAUGCAUUCGAGUGGAUGAUUUUACAUGUCGUGGUGCCUAAUACCCCGGCUUCUAGUCAGCCCCGCGGGUCUUCUAGCAGUGGAACCGGCGAGAAAGAGAAGACCGGUGCGACCUCGCGAUGGACUCGUGGUACCACCACCUUGCUCGAGAAGCUACGUGCGGAUUUCAACAUCUCUACAAAGUCAGCACCUGAUCGCGUUGCGCAAAUUCGACUGCCAAAGGAAAGAGUUCCUCCACAUCUACUGCCAGCACCAGCGCCGGUAACUUCUCCACCGAUCGCCGAGAGCCCUCAGGAACAGGAACGCGCGUGGAUGGACGUGAUAGCCAAGUUCAAGAUUCUGAUUCUGCUGUCUUUCGAUCUUCGGGUGAGCCAGUAUGAAGAAGACAUUCGCAAAAACGAUGCACAGCGCUCAUUUCCAGGCUGGAACUUCAAUACGUUCUUCAUUCUGAAAGAAGGCCUUGCUAGGGGCUUCGAGAGUGUCGGUCUAGUCGAGGAUGCCUUGUUGGGAUACGAUGAGCUUUCCAUUGGACUAGACACUGUCAUUCGCGACCAGGCGACUGACGGCAGCGGGACACAAGGACGAGUCUUGCUGAACUAUACCGACGAUCUUUAUGAGAAAACAACAAAGCUUCUAGAGCGAACCGACAACAAAGGAGAAGAUAGUGAGGAAUCGCACGCGCUCUUCCAUGAUGCAAAGCCGAUCAACGCGCAAAACAAAGACUACCGGGGACUGAUCCUGGGAAAUAACAUCUCUGUCUUCGACUUCAGACUGUACAUUUUCGCACGUCAGAUGUUUUUACUUCUGAGAUUAGGUAACUCGCUAUCGGCAAGGUCCGACCUCGCAGCAAAGCUACAGCCCAGACCCAAUGCUAGCACGCUUCAGAGAUCAAUGGAUGACAGCUCUAUCGGAACAAAGUCUGGCGGUCAAUCAAGUGACUCCGAGGAUCUUUUUUCGCUUGCUGAACUCUGCUCCCGUUCACUCAACUUCAUUACAUUCGCUGGUCGGCUCCUACGAGACGACUUGACCAAUGGGGCAAAAGCACACGAAACCACAUUUCCUACUCAUCUGAUUGAUAAUGUUGUACGGUCAUGGACCUUUGCUGCGCUCGAGCAAGUGUUGCGGGAGACGUCUACGACAUCUCUUCCAUUUACUAAACUCUCCAAAGAGUGGUCAACCGGCUCGUCGGGCAAGAGUCUAUCAUUUAAUGGCCGCAACAAGGAGCAAAAGACCAGUGUUUCGGAGCCCAAGUCUAUGAUUCAUCCAUCUCGGUCAUCCUCUUUGACCCCCGGCCGAGCGACAGCAGAUAUGCCCUAUGCUCAACCCACGGCCAGUGGUCAAGUAGUCUUUGAGAACGGACAGUACCAAGAUCGAUCCCAUUCAAAUCAAGCAAACUCGAUUGCUUCCACCAAAAAUGGCCUACAAGAGCUGGCUGGGACAAGAGCGCAGCUACUCGCCGUGCAGAGGCGGCUAGUCGAGCACAUUGGGAAAGCUUUGGGUUGGAACAUCGGUUGGGCCGCUGUCCUUCCCUCAUUAAACCUAGAGGAAGAGCUUACUGAGGUCGAUCUUGAGGAGGAGGAAGAUGAAGAAGAAGAGAACACACCACAGAAAGAAACCGCGAAUGUUCCAGAGGGAGGCAAAUCCGUUGCGUCUACUGCAGGUAUCUUAACAGAUGUCUUGAUCACUGCAGUAUCAUCCGUCGAGCAGUUCCGGCAAUUCUAUGAGACACUGAGUGACCUGAUUGUCAAGCACUACAUGGCUGCAGGGCAGACUAAAUCAGCAGAAAGCGUACUUGGGGACUUGGCUGCCCUUCGAUUUGAGCUUGGCGACUUCGCAGCAGCGGCAAUGUAUUUUGGACGCAUGGCCUCGCUCUUUGCAGAGAGUAGAUGGAACACCGUGGAGACUACCUUGCUGAAGAUGUACGCGCGCUGCCUGAAGAAGCUCAACCGCAAGGAUGAGUACGUUCGAACGUUGCUUGAUUUGCUAGCAAAAUCUGCAGCAAGCAGGAUGUCGUUCACGACCUCGCGAGCCAGCGCGAACGAAUUAUCCGAUACGCCUUGUGACUGGCUGGAUGAUGAUAAAGUUGACACCACUGGUGUGUUCAACGAACUCAUCGAUUACUCGCAGCAGUUGCCGUAUGAUGUGACGGUUCAGAUGGCCAAGUAUUUUGGUGACACCUCCGUCGAGCCGUACGUGCGUCACUACGAUGACAAAGAUGGGUUCCAACUACGUCUCCAAUUCCGUCAUCUUCUUGAAGACGAAGUCAAAAUUCGGGCAGCUAAAGUCAGAUUAGUCAGUGCUUCGACACUGGGAAAGGACAUAUGGCUUGAAAGCUCUGAGCCUACGCAAUUGAAGAAAGGCUUGAAUCGCAUGUGGCUUGGGUGCACGGUGAACACAACCGGACCGUAUAUGGUGGAUCAGGUCGUCCUGGAGGCAACGCGUAUCGUUUUCGUACACGAACCUUUGGCGAAGACCGAAGCAACAACACCCCUUGGGAUCACCACUUCGGUGUCCGCGCACUCGCUCAAAGCUGCAAAGAAAGCGCGAGUACUGUGCUUCCCGCCUUCGGAAGCAUUCCAGGCUCGAAUAUAUCUCUCGCACUUCCUCCACAUCGACAAACCACGUCACAUAGAGGUCGAGUGCUCGAGUGGUUGGAACGAGAUCACGCGUGCAGAAAUUCGACUCAAGUCUGCUUCUGCUGGGCUGCGGCUACGAACUGCGAAUGUGAGUGUGACUGCUGGAGAUAUCAAGAUUGAGGAUAAGUCCAGCCCUGGAGUUAUUAUGAUUGGAAAAAUGGCCGCUCAAUCUACUACGACUUUCAAAGUACCGUAUGACAUGGAAACUAUUCUUCAGGAUCUCACGGUCAGGAUCGAAGUAUAUUACCACACCGAACAUGGCCAAUUCCAGUACACCUCGUCCUUUACGAUUCCGGUCGACCUUCCCUUGGAUGUUAACGUGCAUGACCACUUCAAAAGCAAGUCACUCUUCUCGAAGUUUAAUAUUAAAACAGCGAAUCAGGUGCCGUUAGAGCUUCUGGACGUGGAACUGCAAGGCUCAGAAGAAUUUGACGUUCAUGCGCCUAAGAGGCCAAAGGAGCCCGUCUUUGUCUUUCCUAGGCAGCCAUUUGCGGUCACAUACAAAAUCACCAAGAAAACUGCAGACACUGCAUCGAAACGCCAAAGUCGACUGCCCAACGCGGGGAGUUUAUCGUUGUCGGUAGAGUACCGAUGUCUAAAUGAGGAUGUUCUAGAUCGCGUGCGGAAGCUGUUCGCUGAUGCCGUCAUCGAUAGCCCUGUAUAUCGACUUGCACAUCUACUCACGGACACAUUUGCUAGCCGACUAGAGAACGAUAUCCUACCACAUCAGUUCGAAAGCAUUGCGCUGCUCGAGAAGCUUGAUCUGGGGUUGUUUGAGGACCUAGGUUGGGCGGAAUGUCUGGACAGUCUACCGCAUGUCAUUCGUGGUGAGACGCAGGCAUGGUUGCAGCAGUGGCAUGAGCAACAUAAAACGAUUCUGCUCUCUAAAUCCUCGUCUUCGGAGACUGCGAUGCCUGCAACCGCCCCAGCAUCUCCUUACCCACCGCGCCGCAUGGUCAUCACAGUCUCGAUACCACAAACGCACAUUCUCCAUACCGCCUCUUUGAAUCUCACCUGCCCGUCCUCUGUCUCAUCGCUCUCUGCAAUCGCCACUGUCGGUCAACCACUCAUGGCAAACUUGCGCAUCUCGCACACUCGUCGUUGGGCAUCAUCUGCAAGCCUCACCGCUGCCGCAAACAUAUCCGCAGCCGAUGAUCCAAUUGACUUUGUCUACACAAUUGAAGCACACCCAGAGACAUGGCUCAUCGCCGGCCAACGCCGAGCGCAUUUUUCCGCCAAAGAAGAUGAGCAGCGUGAGUGGCCGAUUAUACUCAUUCCUUUGAAGCCGGGUAAUGCGCUUUUGCCUACUCUGGAGAUACGUGCGAAUGUCAAGCCAAAGGAUGACGGUAAAUCUCAGGGUACUGCGACGGCUGCUGUAGCUGGUGCGGGUGAAGUUCCGGUGUUGAGUUGCGAAACGGAUUACCUGGGUUAUGGAGAGUCCGUCAUGGUGGUGCCGGACGUGAGGAGUAGUACGGUGGGGAUUGGAGACAUGGCGCUGGGAAGUUCGAGGAGUGUUGUUUGGUUGGAGAGUGCUGGGCAGUAAAUAGGGUACGUAGUGUAAUGGUG